AUGGCGUCCCCAUCAUCUACAGGUAAGUAUCUAACCGUAGAUGUUCAUUACAGAGGACUAUUUUCCCGAAAUCCAUUGAAAUACUUAGACCCCAAAACAAUAAUAGUGCGUGAUGUUGAUUUUGGAGGAUUUACGUAUAAAGAGUUUCUUUUGUGGCUUAGGGAUUUAACCAAAGGAAGUUGUAAUGAUGUGUAUUACUGUAGUAGAAAGGAAACCUUAGCUGAGGGUAUUAUAAGAAUCGACAGUGAUGUUGAUUAUUGGGAGUUUGUUGAAGCUACUUAUACUCCUGAAGCUGAGUUGGAUGUCUACAUUGACCACCAAAAAGAACCAAUCCUUGAUUGGGCUGACAAUGAGGUGUUAUCAGAUGGUAACGGGUAUGAUUUGGAUGACAAGGAAGAAGAGGGCGAUAAGGAAGAAGAGGAUGAAAAUGAGGAAUAUGAUAACUUGGAUGAUAUUAUGGCAUAUGAACAUGAAGUUGAUGAAGAAGUCCAUACCUUUAACAAAACUGUUGGUAACGAUUUUUUAAACAAACUUUCAGGUAUUGGUAACCUUAGUGAUGAUGAUGAACCUAAUGAUGGGAUAGAUGAUAAGGUUAUAUUCCCUGUCCAUGAUGAGAAACAAGAAUGGGAUAAGAUGGUGCCAGUUAUAGGUUACUGGUGA